CACUAACAAAUGGACAAUUAUUAUUUUUACCAAAGAAUAAACUAAAAAUAUCUGACAUUUAUCGGAUUUUGUAUAUGACAUCUUUUGUCUGACUGCUAGACCUCUUUAGUGUGAUUACAAAAUGUUUAAGACUUCGCGUUUAUAUAAAAUUAUAAAUAAAAAUGUGGUUUUAACAUGUUCGAGACUGGAGAAUACGGCUGCCGAAGUUGGACAGAGUUCGCGGGAAAGGGCGUGGCUGCUUGCCAGGAAGAAAUACCACGAUCAUGAGCACGUUCAUUACAGCUCUUUUCUGGAGACUAAAAUCAAAACAUUUUACUCGGAUCAUAAAGCACAUCCACCUUUUAUUGAGGACUGGAUGGACGAUUACGAGUUCUACGAGGGAGUAGUCGAUGGGGCAGACAAGCAGGGUACUCCAGAUCCAUCGGUUCAACCUUCAAAGGUACCCUGCAACGGCUGUGGCGCAAACUUACAAUGCUCCAGUGCCUCUCUGCCCGGCUACAUACCCAGUGAAAUCUUCCGAGGCAGAACGCAUCAAGAACUUCAAACCAUCACGUGCAAGCGGUGUCACUUUUUGAAGCACUACAACAUUGCCCUCGACGUGGAAGUGACUCCUAGUACCUAUGUGGACACCAUAUCCCGCAUUCAGGACAAAUUCGCAUUGGCUAUUGUGCUGGUGGAUCUACUAGAUUUUCCAAGCUCUAUCUGGCCAGGCAUGCAACAUGUUCUGGGUACAAAGAGGCCUGUUUUCCUAGUGGGUAACAAGGUGGACCUACUGCCGCGCGACUCAAAUAUCUAUCUACAACAUAUUAAGGAUUCCCUGCAGCGCGAAUUCGUCAAGCACGGUGGCGGAGAUGGGUUGAAUAUCAAGAAUGUCAGCCUGAUAUCUGCUAAAACCGGCUAUGGAAUAGAGGAGCUUAUAACGCAGUUGCAUAAAACGUGGGCAUACAAAGGGGAUGUCUAUCUGCUAGGCUGCACCAACGUGGGCAAGAGUUCGCUGUUCAACAUCCUUCUCAACUCUGACUAUUGUCGGCCUGAGGCCAGCAACUUGGUGCGCAAAGCCACCACUUGUCCCUGGCCGGGAACAACACUAAAACUGUUGCGGUUUCCCAUAUUGCGUCCGUCCAAUGAUCGCAUCUAUCAACGCUUCAAGAGAUUAGUUUCGGAGCGCAACGAUAAGGCAGCAAUGAACAAAGAGCGUCGCGCAGUUGCAAGGGCAACGGGGUCUGUAGCAGCAGCUCAACCAGUGUCUUUCGUAGGACGCACCUUCGAUCGUCUCGAAGAUGUCAACGAUGCCUUCGCCAUGGCCGGAGGUUCGCGGCCCAUUACUACUCUAAACGAUCGCCAAAAGGAGUACAAGGAAGCGCGCUGGGUCUACGAUACACCAGGUGUUAUGCAGCCUGACCAAUUGACUCCUUUGCUUACCGCCGAGGAGCUAGUUAGGCUGCACCCCACCACUAUGAUUCGUCCCAGAGCUUUUCGCCUGAAGCCCCAGAUGAGCAUCCUUCUGGGGGGUCUAGCCCGCUUAGAUCUAUUGGAAAUAACAAGCUCAAAAAAACAGUUUGACUGGUUAAAGGUAUUUGUAUUUGCUUCAGAGAAUCUUCCAGUACUGAUAGCAGAUACCCAGGCGGCGGACGACGUGUACAAAAGAUAUGUUGGAACGCCUUUCUUGGGUGUUCCCAUGGUCAAUGAAGAUUUGCAGGCUCGCCUGCAAACCUGGCCAGGAUUGCAGUGUAAGGACGGUGAUAUUACGCUAACGAGCGUAGAAUGUGAAGACGAAAGGCUAAAUUGUGAUAUUACUCUCAGCUCUGCGGGUUGGAUGGGAUUUCUUUUGCCAAGAAACUCAGAGUGUCGUUUGCGGGUCUGGACGCCAAACGCUGCUGGCAUUUACAAACGUGAACCCGCUUUAAUACCGCUAGCAGAUCGGUUGGUUGGAAAGCACAUAAGGUAUUCCCUGGCCUACAACACCACAAAGCCUUUUGUGUACAAGAAAUAAACACAUAAAAUUGUUAAA